AUGUGGCGCCAUCUAUCGACAUCAACCGCUUUAUUCGCUCGAGAUGCUCUUGCUAAACAUAUAUAUUCACAAUUAUUUGGAUGGAUUGUCGAAGAAAUAAAUAAAUCAUUAGAAUAUGUUGGUCAACGACAAUCAUUUAUUGGUGUUCUUGAUAUUUACGGUUUUGAAACAUUUGAAAUGAAUAGUUUUGAACAAUUUUGCAUAAAUUAUGCAAAUGAAAAAUUACAACAACAAUUUUGUCAACAUGUAUUUAAACUUGAACAAGAAGAAUAUAUGAAAGAAAAAAUAACUUGGUCAUUUAUUCAAUUUUAUGAUAAUCAACCAUGUAUUGAUUUAAUUGAAAGCAAAUUAGGAAUUUUAGAUUUAUUAGAUGAAGAAUGCAAAAUGCCUAAAGGAUCUGAUGAAAAUUGGCAUAGGAAAUUAGUUACUCAACAUGGAAAACAUCCAGAUUUUUUAACAAAAAAAUUAACAGCUAAUUCAACAUUUAUUAUAAAUCAUUUUGCAGAAAAAGUUGAAUAUUCAAUCGAUGGUUUUCUCGAAAAGAAUCGUGAUACUGUACUUGAAGAUCAAUUGAAAAUGUUAAAAGAAAGCGAACUUGAUUUUGUUGUUCAACUAUUUCUCGACGAAGACGAUAAAACAAGUGGAUCAAAAACAUCAACAUCAACUAAAUCUUAUCAAGUGCAAAAAACAGGAACAUUACAAGCAACAUCAAAAGUUCAAGCACAAAGAAAGAAAACUGUUGCAUCUCAAUUUCGUGAUUCAUUAACAAGUUUAAUGGCAGCAUUAAAUUCUACUGAACCUCAUUAUGUUCGUUGUAUAAAACCUAAUGAUCAAAAAGCUCCAUUUACAUUUGAACCUCGUCGUGCAGUACAACAAUUACGUGCGUGUGGUGUUUUGGAAACUGUUCGUAUAAGUGCUGCUGGUUAUCCAUCUCGUUGGACUUAUCAUGAUUUUUUUAUUCGUUAUCGUUUAUUAACUCGUUCAUCAUUAAUUGAUCGUACAAAUUAUCGUCGAACAUGUGAAAAUAUUCUUAAAAAUUUAAUUUCUGAUAAAGAUAAAUAUCAAUUUGGAAAUACAAAAAUAUUUUUUCGUGCUGGUCAAGUUGCUUAUUUAGAAAAAUUACGUUCAGAAAAACUUCGUGCUUGUACUAUUAAAAUUCAAACAACAUAUCGUGCUUAUUAUGCUCGUAAACGUUAUUUGAAAAUUCGACGUACAACACUUGCACUUCAAACAUUAUCACGAAGAUAUUUAGCUAGAAAACAUGCUGAAGAUAUUCGUCGUACACAUGCUAUUACUUUAUUUCAAUCAUUAUGGCGUAUGCAAUUAGCUUUUCGUAGUUUUCAAGCACUUCGUUUUAUUGUUAUUGAUAUUCAAUCUCGUUGUCGAGGUUAUUUAGUUCGACAAAAUCUUCAACAAAGAAUGAUUGAACGAAGUGUUCUUACAAUUCAAUCGUCAAUACGUAUGUGGAUUGCACGUCAAAGAUUUCUUACAUUUCAACGUGCUAUUAUUCUUUUACAAUCACAUCAACGUAGACGUGAAGCUUGUUUAGAAAUUAAACAACUUCGAGUUGAACAACGUUCUAUUGAACAUCAAAGACAAUUAAAUAAAGGUUUAGAAAAUAAAAUUAUUUCAUUACAACAUAAAAUUGAUGAACAAAAACGAGAUAAUGAACGUUUAACAUAUAGAGAACAAGAAUUUGAAAAUUUAAAAAAAGAACAUGAACAAUUAAAACUUCAAAGUAAAGAAUUAAAACAAAACUUAAAAAAACAAUCAUCUUUGGAAGAAGAACUUCAACAACUUCGAUCAGAAAAUGAACGUCUUAAAUCCGAUAAUGGAUUAUUACGAUCUGAUUUAACUCAAACAAAACAAUUAAAAGAUGAAAUUAUUUUAAAAAAUAAUGACUUAGUUACACAAUUACAAAAUGAACUUGAAAAUAAAGCAAAAGAAAUAACAAAAUUAGAAAAACAAUUACUUGGAGAUUUAUCAACACAAGAUUUAUCUUUAACACGUGUUAAACAGCUUGAAGAAGAACUAAAUGCUGAAAGACAACAAAGACAAAGACUUGUUAUUGAAAUGCAUAGAUUAGAACAAAAAUGUGAAAAUCUUCAAAGUGAAUUACAAAAUGGAAAUAUUAAUACAACGAAACAAGUACCAUCUGAUUCAAAUAUGACUUGGGAUUCGAAAUUUAUGGAUACACUUGAUCUCUAUGAUUUACCUGUAAAUAUUACAAUUUUAAUCAGAAAUAUUCGAAGAUCAUUGACCAAUGAUGGUUUAACCCCACGUCGUCCUCCUCCUCUUCAUUCAUCCACUGUUAAUAAUCACCCACGUUAUUUAUCAACUACGCAAACAAAUGAAACAUUAGAAGAUAUUGGUGAAACAGGUGGUGGUGGCCUUCUUCUUCGUCUUCAACGACGUCUUAAACAACUUGAACAAGAAAAUAAACUAAUGAAUGAAGAACUUGAGAAAGGAAUAACGAAUUCAUCAAAAUUAGGAACAAUUAAGAAAAAUUCUUCAUGGCAUUUAGAUGAAUUAGAAAUGGAAAAAUUAAAAAAUGAUUUAAAAGCAUUAAGAGAACAAAUACUUAAAGGUGAUGAAAAAGCUGCUAAAGAACAAUUACUAGCUCAAUUUGAUGCACUAAAUGCUGAAUUAGAACAUCGUCGUCGUGAACAAAUUGAAAUGAAAUCAAAAUUACAAGAACGUGUUAUGCAACAUGAGAAUGAAACAGAUGAUGUUAUUGCAGCCGAUGCUAUUGAACAAGCUUAUCAAAGUCAAAAACAAAUAAACAAAAUGCUUGAACUUGAGCUCGAACAAUGUCGAACAUCAUAUCAACGUGAAUAUGAAAGAACACAAGAACGUUUAGCACAACUUGAAACAGAAAAUGUUGAAUUAUAUAAAUCAAUUGAUGAAAAUACAGUUGAUGAUUCUAUGAAACAACAAAUAUCUAGUGUCAUCAAUGAAAAUCUUGAACUUCAUCAACAAAUUGAAAAUAAUCAUGCAGAAAUUCGAAAAUUAAGACGUGUUAUCAAACUUGUUAAUAAAAGUUUUUCAGCAGAUUUUGCGACAUAUUCAAAAUUUUGUUGCUUUAGACUUGCUGAAUUGCUUAGUAAAGAUGUAAUUAAAGACAAAGGUCUUUGUUGUAGUUUUGUUAUUGCAAAUGUUCCACGUGAUGCACCUGUAACUGAACGUAUUAUACCAUUAGCUAUAUUUCAGUCAGAACAAUCAAUACGUAAUCAUUAUUUACGUAAAUGGUUACGUCUUUCAACAGUUGGUAAUCUUGAUAUACGAGAAAUACUUGAUUGGAAUUAUUAUAUUGAACGUUUUAACUCUUUCAUGCCGGGUGUCCCAUAUACGGGACGGUGA